GCCGUGAUUUGCACUUUCGUCUUGCGCCACGACCGCCUGGGUCACAGCACAAGCAGACGUCCGGGAGAAGCUAGUAUAUAGGACACCAUGGAAGCCUUUCCGGACACCUUCCCCCUUCUCCAGGACCUGUACGGGGGCGUCGAUCUCGACGUCCGUGUCGUCCAACGCCAUUACAAGUCUGCUGGGAGAGCUCUUCAAGACUUCAAGACUGCCGUAGGAGACGCCCCCCUCGGGCUCGCCACAAUUAACCGGCAGCCCGGCCACCCUGUUGUGCUCGCCCUCGCAAGUGACACCCAAGUCCUCGUACUUAAGCUCGGGUCCGGACAGCCCAUGGCGUCUCAUGUGACGGUGAGGAUGCUACGUGAUAUACUAGGCAGCUACCGCCGCAUCUUCGUCUUCGGCGGGGACGAGCUCGCUCUCGGCUUGCACGAGCAUCUAGGCAUCCACGUCGGCAACAUGAUAGACCUCCUAGGUGUAGCCUGCGCGCACGAGGAGCGGCACACGCUAACGACGUAUCUCGAGGCACUUGGCGGCGAGGGACUGUCGAACGACGCGGGCGAGCGUAUCUUGAAUAAGGAUGUGGCCGGUGGCAUGAUGAGAGUCAGUGGCUCGGGGAACGUCCGUGACGUUGCUCUCGAGGCCUGGGCAGCAGGCUAUGCGGGGCGCUUGCGCUCAAUGCAGAUAAAGAUUUACGGGCUGCAGCGCAUUGACACAGUCAAUUUGGAGCCCUCGCUCCUGUCUGCGCUAUACAAGCUCGACCACGACCAGCGCCGCCGCCAGGCCGUCCGCCCCACUCGCGUCACUAACGAGAUCGCCGAGGCCGUCGUCGGGAAGGAGAAUGGCCACCUCCAGGUCGUCUCCGCGCGCUACAAGACCCGCGUCACGCGCACGAGCCGCGACCAGCACAUCGAGGUCACGCACUCUGUUGGCGGUAGCGACAUCACCCUCAAGGGACGCGCGACGAAGAUUGACGGCCGAAGUGCGACGAUUGCGUGCCAGUCCGACAAGCUGAGGACUGGAGGCAAGAACGAUGCAGGCAAGAGCGCAGACCAACUCAGCGUCCAACUUACCACCGUCGGCCGCGAGUCCAGCACCGUCGCCGAGCGGAUGCGCGCCUCCAUCGUCCACCUCGCGCUCCGGCAUCAGGCCGACCUCUUCGACCAGCCCUUCUUCUGCGCCAUGUUCCUUCCCGAGGAAGACACAUGGGAUGAAGACGCGCCCAUGCGUCCCUCGCUCCCCAUCCGCUUCGCGAAAGAGGAUGCCCUGAACGACAGCCAGCGCAACGCGUUGCAGAGGAUCCUCAGCGGUGCCAAUGAGGACCGGCUGGUGCUGGUGCAGGGCCCACCCGGCACGGGGAAGACGACGGUGAUCGCGGGCGCGGUGGAGAGUAUCGUGCGCGGAGAUAGCAAGCGGACGAUCUGGCUGGUGGCGCAGAGCAAUGUGGCGGUGAAGAAUAUGGCGGAGAAGUUGGCGGACGUAGGCUUUCGGGAGUUCAAAGUGCUGGUGUCGAAGGAUUUUCAUCAUGAGUGGCACGAGCACCUCUACGAGAAGAUCGAGCACCGGCUCAUUCGCUCGGACGGCUUUCCCGAGACGCCCAACGAGGCCGCCCGCCUCCUCGGGGACGCCCGUGUCGUCCUCUGCACCCUUAGCGCCCUCGCCGUCGACCGCCUCCAGUCCGUCACGCACGUCGUGCCCCCGCAGAUGAUGCUUGUCGACGAAGCUAGCCAGAUCGAGGUCGGCGACCUGCUGCCCAUGCUGCACCUUCAUCGCAAUCGGCUGGAGAAGGUGGUAUUCAUUGGGGAUGAUAGGCAGUGUGAGUGGGUCUUUCGGAUGAUGAGUGCUUUCGGAUGAUGAGUGCUGUGGGGGAAGUCAGUGAGGCUGACGCAUGGUGUUCUU